GAAAACGUUUAUGGACAAAAGUAUCAAAGUAAUGUAAUCCUGGAUACAGAGCUCUUGCUACUAAUGACAGCUGAAAGAACGAUUGUUUCUUUCGUAAAUACUCGAGAAGAAGGCUUUUCUGUUUCUUUAAAAGUUGACAGCACCAGUUUGUACUGGAAGGAUUACGACCAGACACAUAUUUGUCCCGUGGCAGAAAACACUUUCUCUCGAUUUUCGCCUUACACGUCUGUUGUACCAGAAGAGACAAACAUUUGGAAGUUAUAAUGGAGGAUAACGCAUUUUUAGAUUAUGAUUUCCAACAGAAACCGAGGAAAUCUCGGUUGAAAAUUGAAGGUUAUUAUGGCUCAGAAUCAGAGUCUGAAGGAUCUGGGGAGGAAGAACAGUUAAAUGACCGAGCGGAUCAAGGUCAAUUGCAGGAAAGUGAUUCUGAUGACAUGUUUUCCGAUAAAGAACAACCUGAAUUGAAACGGAAAAGAAGUCCCGCGUCAGAAAUACAGGACGGAGGAUUAAAAAGUUCCAAAAAAGAUGAAAAAAAUGUCAAGUUUUUGGCUCCAGAAGACAUUCAAGGUCAAGAAGAGAAUCCAACAUUAGACAUAAUGGAACCAAACAAAAGCAAACAAACUGGCUACACUGCUCCGGAAGAAAAUAGUGACGGUUUUGAAGAGGAAGAUGAUGAGUCUCGAAUUCAAAAGUUUCACGGAAUCAAAAUUAUGCCAUUCAAUGUUCGUGAAGAUAUGGAAGAGGGUGCUUUCGACGAAGAAGGAAACUUCGUUCAAAAUAAACGUGAUCCAGACGAAGAAUACGAUGCUUGGUUACGAGGAACAAGUGACAAGUAUUCCAUUGCCAAGGCAAAAAAGGCCAUGCUUCGACAACAAGAACGGGAAGAAGAAGCUCGUAAGCAGCAACAAACAAUUUCUUUUGAAAACCCAGACGUUGCUCUAAAAUUUCUUUCUACGCACAUGCUUCCAGACGAAAGCAUUCUUGAAUUUAUUCAACGUUUUAAUCGGACUGUCAAGAAAACAAAAAAGAGUACUCUCUCUUCUGAGCAGCAGAGCUCAGAAAAGUACCGUAGCUACCUAAUUGAAUGGGCUACAGAGGCGAUUUCAGUCGUGGAGGAGGCAUUAGAAAUCGAGGACAUAUAUUCUUUAACGAAGGAAAACUUGCAGCGGUUACUUCAACGCCGCAAUGCUAAUCCUGAGCUUAAAUUCGGAAACGACUCAUUCCAGCCAUACUUGGCCUACUCCCAGGAUGAUGAAUGGGAUUUCAAAUGGGAAAACUCAGACGACAUAUAUGGGCCUUACCCUAGUGCAACCAUGGCCGCUUGGAAGGAACAGGGCUAUUUCUCAACAGGCAAGUCUCGUGCAUACGUACGGUUACACAAGCUUUCUGAUCCUUUAUGGAUCUUACCGGAGCACGCAUUAUUUCAGUAACAGAAAAAAUCCCGCACACCUUUCCCCAGACAAAUGACAAAUCUCUUUUCAUAACAAUUUACCUCAUUUCUUGUUCCAUCUUUCUUAACCACGUUCUUUUUGCUGUACAUAAUUCAUUAAUUCAUAGUCAACAAUUCAACAUAAAUAUAAACACACAAGAGCGCACAA